AUGAAUAGCGUGUUCAGUGAACAGAUUCUGGCCGACAAGCUAGCCAAGCUCAACAGCACUCAACAAUGCAUUGAAACUUUGUCGCAUUGGUGCAUAUUUCACCAAACCAAAGCCGAACUCGUUGUUGCGACAUGGGACAAACAGUUCCACAGCUCGGAGAUUGCUCAGAAAGUUCCUCUGCUUUAUCUAGCAAAUGACAUCUUACAGAACAGUAAACGAAAGGGCAAUGAAUUCGUGACAGAAUUCUGGAAGGUUCUGCCCUCAGCUCUUAAGGAUGUUUCGGCAAAAGGUGAUGAUCGUGGAAAGACUGUUGUCUCUAGAUUGGUUAAUAUAUGGGAAGAAAGGAGAGUGUUUGGAACCCACUCCCGAAGCCUAAAAGAAAUCAUGCUUGGUGAGGAGACUCUACCGGACUUGGAGUUCAGCAAAAAGCGUUCACGCACGGUCAAGAUUUUUAAACGAGAUUCCAGAUCUAUUAAAACGAAAUUGCCCAUUGGUGGCGCUGCGGAGAAGAUUGUAUCAGCUUUCCAUUCGGUCGACAGUGAACGUUCCAACGAAGAGGCAGAGAUGAGUAACUGCAAAUCUGUGGUCAGUCGAGUCAGAAAGAUGGAAAAAGAUGUUGAUAUUUCCUGUAGCAACGGAAAAGAUCCCAAACGUACAAGUUUGGCGAAAGAUCUAGAGCAGGAAGAAACCCUUCUGAAGCAAUGUGUUCAGAAACUUAAAUCCGUUGAAGCUAGUAGAGCUUCCCUUGUCUCUCAGUUGAGGGAAGCUCUAAAUGACCAGGAAUCUCAGUUGGAAGUUGUGCGAACUCAGAUGCAGGUAGCUCAGGCUCAGGUGGAGGAGGUCAACAUCAUGAUAAAGCGGCUCAACGAUGAAGACUAUGUGCCCAAAGCCACAACUGCAACACAAACAGAAGCAGAUACAAAUGGCAAAGCAGGACACACGCCAAAGAAAACUGCAGCAGCUAUUGCUGCCGAGGUUGCAGAUAAGCUUGCAGCCUCGAGCUCCUCCCAAAUGAUCAUGCAUUCCGUUCUGUCUUCAUUUGCGGCGGAAGCAGCAAAGACUGGAGCUUUGAAAUCAACCCCCGUUAGCUCUUCUGCCAAUGAUUCUGUGCCAGACCCCGCCAUGUUCAUGUCAGCACAGCAACCCCUUUCUGCUGCUCCUUCGAACCAUCCAUACCAUAAUAUGCAGAAUCAGAUACCGAGCUCUCAGCCUCAGUUCCACAUGAUGCCGAAUCCUUCCUCUCAGCAGUACUUGCAGCCUCCUGGCGGGAUUGUUACUCCCUACGGAUAUGGUAGCAUUAGUUCCUUGCCAUCAGGACCACCGCCUCCACCUCCUCCCUAUAUGAUGAAUCCCAUGGUGCCUAUGGCUCAGCAACCACCGUCGCAAGUUCCAAUAACCCAACAGCAGCAAAUGACCUUAACUCAGCAGCAAGCUGCUGGUGGUCCUCCUGGGUUUAGACCCUUGCAGCCGCCUGGAAUGGUGUAUUAUGGACAUCAUCCGUCAUCCCAUUCUCAGUGA